AUGAUCCCUGCUCUCUCAUCGGACUCACCUUUUAUGGAGAAUAUUUUUAUAGGUCAGUUCAUUUGGUGUUUAUACAGUUUAUAUAGAUGUCACGACAAAGAUUCCAUAGAUGAGAAACUGUGGAGUGAAAAUUACUACAUGUUUCCUGUUUGGUGGGUUUCCUUACUUUGGAUCACGAGGCACGUGUGGUUCCCGAACAACGAGAGACUUUGCAAGACCAGCAAGAUAUACAUCAAUCCCUUAUUCGAUGGCACAGUUCUGGGCGAGUCCAUCAUGUUGAACAGGAACAGAUACGACCAGCCCGUCACAAGCAGUGCAACCAAUAAGAAGAAAACGCAAGAAGAUAAGAAGAAAGACAACCAGAGCGUUAUCGAUCUAAUGUCCAAUGCGGCUCGUCGGAACGUCCAACUGAUCGGAGUCACAGACCCUGAUUACUACGAGUUCGAAGCCCACGUAUUCUUCGACAACGCCAUGAACAACCACGACGACCCUGACGUCGAAUACACAGCCAACGAUUACGUCAUCUUGCUGGUUGAAGUCCUCAAGGAAGCCGCGAAGGGUGUGCACGACGGUUUAAUGCCCGUGGACGAUCCUGUAAAAUAUCCAACACCAUAUGGAGGCAGGCUGGAAUGGGAUCUUCCGGGGGAGAACAAGUUGAUUGUGCAUCUUAAAGACAGUAUUAAAAUUAGGCAAAAAAAAAGGUGGAGUCAGAGAAGCGUAUCAAACUCCGGCGUGGCUGAUGUCCCCGACUACUCAGACGACUCAGACGACGCCCCUGACUACAGUGAUGAAGACGAUGAUGAAUACGAUGGCGACUACGAUCCCGUGGUGAAGAAGAAACGAAGAAAUGAAAUGAAGAACCCCAGUUGGAUCGAGGAUAAACGACUUGGCAAUGGAGAGAUAAAAUCUUUAGAAAAGAAUGAGAUCGUCUUUUUCAAAGAUUUGAUAAAAAUGUACUUGAAGCCAUUAAUUAAAGAUAAAGCGACAGAAGAGAAGUAUGCACAGGAAUUGAAAGAGCUCAGAAAUAAAGUUUCUCUUGGAUUCUUAUUUGCCAACACGGCUUUUGUACUGACUGCAUUUGUUUUGCAAUUUAACGUCAAAAUUGUCUACAUCCCUUGGCCGUGUCCAACAAAGGUACAACCAGGAAAAGUAGACCUCUCAUAUAAUUCCUCCACAUCCAAAGUGGAUCCGUUGGGUUUUAUAUUCUUACUUAUAUUCGGGAGCUGUUUAAUAGUGCAAGUGUUGGCGAUGAUCAUACACAGAUUCAACACAUUCCUGCACAUCAUGUCAACUACCAAGCUGAACUUCUUCAAAAAAGAAGAUUCAAUGGCAACUCCUCAAGCAAUGGUUGAGACGGCAAAACAAUUGGGAACCUUGGAAGAACCUGAUUAUUUGAGCGAAGACAUUUACAACCUUGAUGAAGAAGAAUACGACGACGAAAUCAGAAAACCAAACGUACCAAGGUCACUGGCAAAAGCAGCAAAAAUGGCGGCUACAAAAAAUACAAUUACCGGAGUAUUUCUGAAAAGGUUAGGAGAGCUUGAAUCUAACGGCAGAGGUUACAACGACGAGGAUUUCAUAAAUAACUUGAAAACACAUCGCGGAUUGAAUCAAGCUGUUAAAGAUCCAAAGACAAGAAUGGCCCUGAUGACAAUGAGACAAAAAAUGACGAUAGCACGAAAAACAUUUGCAAAUCCACCGAAUGAAUCGGUGUUCGCCGGCAAAAUACCAUACAAGAACGCUAAUUUCUACCACGAUCAGAAGAGGAAGAGUAGGAGAGCGAAUGACAGCCAGUCGAAAAAGCCACCACUAUACAGACCCCACCACGGAUUUUCAGGCAGAAACAGUGUAUCAGAUAGAUUGAACAGAGGAUCUACUUCCUAUCCCAACCAAGUUUCUAACGGAUCAACAAAUUCUGCUAAGGGAUUCCAAUUCUAA